AUCACUGACGUUCCGAUGCACGUGCCGUGUGCAAACCUCUGUAUGACUAGGACGAGCCCGCCACCGUGAGGGCCAUUCGAAUCCAGUAUUAGUGCGGUGUAGAUUGUGCGGUGUUAACCCCCCUUUAAAAAAAAAAAAUAAAAUAAAAAAAAAAAUCUUCUUCGACAUCACUGCAUCUUUCUUUUCCGCCUUCGAUCGAUAUACACACGAUAAGUGUAUAAACAAAAUGCCUUUCAAACCAGUUGAACAUCCAAAAUGCCCGAAAUGCGGCAAAUCAGUUUAUGCCGCCGAAGAACGUGUUGCUGGUGGACUCAAAUGGCACAAAAUGUGCUUCAAAUGCGGUCUCUGCAGUAAACUUCUCGAUUCCACGAACUGCUCUGAACACGAAGGUGAACUUUUCUGCAAAAAUUGUCACGGACGUAAAUUUGGACCCAAGGGAUACGGUUUUGGUGGUGGUGCCGGUUGCCUGUCCAUGGAUCAAGGCGAACACCUCAAGAGUUCCGAUGAAAGAAUAUCAAACGCAGUGAUGGAAUCACGUGCAAUUGCAAAAGCUCCAGAGGGUCAGGGAUGUCCCCGAUGUGGAGGUUAUGUCUACGCUGCUGAACAAAUGCUGGCUCGUGGAAGGGGCUACCAUAAACAAUGCUACAAGUGCAAACUUUGUCAGCGGACCCUGGACUCUACGCUUCAUUGCGAUGGUCCCGAUAACCAAAUAUAUUGUCGAGCUUGCUAUCCGAAGAAAUUUGGCCCGCGAGGUAUUGGCCACGCCGGUGUCAUGUUCAUUGGGCUGCAGUGCGAUAUUGACGACGAGGGUGAUGCUGCACCUCAUACAACCGUUGUUGAUACUGCAAGUAUUAAAGCCCCUCCUGGAAAAGGAUGCCCUCGGUGCGGUGGUGUUGUUUUUGCUGCUGAACAAGUCCUAGCCAAGAGUCGUGAAUGGCACAGAAAAUGCUUCAAAUGCCGAGACUGUAACAAGACACUCGAUUCAAUUAUUGCUUGCGAUGGACCCGAUAAAGAUGUUUAUUGCAAAACUUGUUAUGGAAAAAAAUGGGGACCUCAUGGUUAUGGAUUUGCUUGCGGUUCUGGAUUCCUGCAAACCGAUGGACUCACUGAAGAUGAAAUUUCGGCAAGCCGUCCAUUCUGCAAUCCAGACACGACAUCAAUUAAAGCACCAGCUGGUCAGGGAUGUCCACGAUGUGGCGGUAUGGUAUUCGCUGCCGAACAGCAACUCGCUAAAGGCACAAUGUGGCACAAGAAAUGUUUCAAUUGCGCCGAAUGCCACCGACCAUUAGACUCAAUGUUGGCUUGCGAUGGUCCAGACAAGGAGAUUCACUGCCGCGCCUGCUAUGGUAAAUUGUUUGGACCCAAAGGAUUUGGAUUCGGUCACACUCCGACUCUUGUCUCAACAAAUGGAGAUCACGCUCCCUCAUAUAUUGAUUCAAAACCACAACUUGGUCAAAAGCGAAAUGACGGUCACGGAUGCUCACGCUGUGGUUAUCCAGUUUACGCCGCUGAGCAAAUGAUCUCAAAGAAUAGAGUUUGGCACAAGAGAUGUUUUAGUUGUGGCGAUUGUCAUCGUUCCUUGGACUCGACGAAUCUCAAUGAUGGACCCGAUGGCGAUAUUUAUUGUCGUGGAUGUUAUGGCAAACAUUUUGGUCCAAAGGGAGUUGGAUUUGGAAUGGGAGCGGGUACCCUAACGAUGGCCUAGACCUAAGUCUUUACUGUAUAAGAUUAUAAAUGGACCGCAGGUCUAAUUUCAAAUGACGAACAUAAUUAUUCUUCAUCGUCAGACGAGGAAACGAUAAAAUCAUCCAACGAAAGACGACGACGACGACAACGAUCAAACGAAAUUCCUUAUUUCAUCUUUACUUUUUUUUCUAUUUCUUCAAUCGAAUUUUAAACGUAAUUAAAAGAAAUUAUCCUUUUUUUUUAAUUACGUAAAUUCGUUUUUCGUAUCGCGAACAAAAAUUUCAAGAUUCAUUAAGGCAUGGUGUUUAUCGAUGGAGUUCUUUUUGGAAAAUUAGGAUUCUUACGAUUUCGCGUAAUUUUCACUGUGUUCCUUUUUUUUUUUUUUUUUUUUUUUGAUGAUGAUUGAAAGGAAGGAUUCGUGAUUCGAAACCACAAUCUAGAAAUGUAUCACAUCAUUUUAUUUAUCAAGAUAUAAGAUAUUAUCAUGUAACUACGUAACGAGAGCGAUAUUAUUUUAAAUAAAUAUAUCAUUUAAAAAAAAAAAAUCGGAAAUGAGAAAAAGGGUUUA